GUGUACAAGGAGAACUGACCCCACCCACGAUUGGUGGGGUGUGGGGGCUACCGGUGUCAUUUUCUGGGGGGUUUGUGACUCUGGUCUCUUCUGUGCCUUUUCCCCAACCCCUUUUUUGCCUGCCUUCCAGCACUGUGAGAGAAGAGCAGCCAUGCCUUCUGGUGAGCCCUCCCCCUCAGCCCCCCCUUCCCAGUCUGCAGAGGAGGAGAUGAGCCGGUUGGCCUGGCUGGGUCCAAAAUGGGGUGGCCACGUGGGGCGGCCUGAGAAGAUGGAAUGGGCCACCCAUAAUGGCACCUGCCGGCCCAGCCCCCCAGAGAGUGAGGGGGAGAAGGACUCUGGAUUUUCAGACGGGAGCUCGGAGUACCUGAGUGCCAUUGAGCAGACAGAUGCUGAGGACCAGGCCGCCUCCCCCUUGCCUCCGUGGCCAGCCACAUUGCAGAAGACAGUGGGGGGGCUCAUGGACAGCACAUUUCCUGGCCUCGCUCCGGUUUACCUGGUCAAAAACGUUAUCCUCAGACAGACCCUGGGGGUGUCCCCCACAGCUUCGUUCCUGGCCUGGGGCAGCCAGCGCCCCCUGGAGAAUGCUCACAGCUCUGCAGCCCAUGUCCUCCUCGUCCAGGAGCCUGUGGCCCCCCUGAAGCCCCUGCUCCCCAGCCAGAAGUCUUCUGCCAAGGAGAUCCGCUUCCCCACCCUUGGCACAUACCCCCGAAUUGCUCCUCACCCAGGCCGGGGCCUGCAGGCCAAGGAAGCACCCAGCCCAGUGGGAGACACCGGUAAGCACAAGCAGCUCUGUGUAGUGGAAGACCAGAUCUCUCCUGACCCCCCUGCCGCAAAGGACAGCUGCAAGAAGACUCAAGAAGAGCCACCCACCUGCCCACGGGCCUCUGCCCUUCUGGGCCCAGGAGUGCCCACUCGGCCCAUCCUGCUGUCCUGUGCUGGACUAGACCCAGCCGAAGGCAGGAUGGCUUUCAGGGCCUCCAAGCGGCUGGGCAGCAACAACCUGGGCAGGCAGCGCCGCUUGCACAACACCAUGGAAAUCCUGCGCAAGUCGGGGCUCCUGGGCAUCACGCUGCGGACCAAGCAGUUGCUCCGGCAGAACAGCGGCACACAGCGGGAGCUGGCUGAGCUGCGGGAACAUGCCCAGCUGCUGUGUGAGGCUGUCCGGAGCAAUGACACCCGGGUGUGGGCUCGCCUCCAGGACGCCAUUGACCGCUCUGCAGCCUACUGGCCCAGCAAGGGGGACAGCGCUCAGACCCACUCUGGGCAGCAGCAGAAUUUGGUGGCCCAGCCCGAGAGCCCUCUUCCGCCCAGGCCCAGGGAGCUUCCGUCCAGCUCAGGCCUGGUCCCCAGCCGAGACACUGCCUUGCCCGCAGCUCUGCCUUAGCUGCCCCCUCAGCUCACGUUGUGCCCUGGGCA